AUGGAGGGCAGUAGCAAGAUUAAACCCGCAGCAAGGGUAUCUGGCCAGAAGCAAGAUGUCUGGUCCAUCAUCAACGAAGCAGCCGCCGCCUCCCCCAAACAGCCCAUCGUAAACAUGGGCCAAGGCUUCUUUGGUUACAACCCCCCCGACUUCAUCCUCAAUGCUGCCAAGGACGCUCUCGACCGCGUCGAAUGCAACCAGUACUCGCCUACCAAGGGGCGGCCGCGGCUCAAGAAGGCCAUUGCGGAUGCGUACUCGCCCUUCUGGGGUCGCAAGAUUGAUCCCGAGACGGAGGUUACCAUUACCACGGGUGCUAAUGAAGGCAUGCUGAGUGCGUUCAUGGCCUUCAUCGAGCCUGGCGACGAGGUCAUCAUCUUUGAACCCUUCUUUGACCAGUACAUAAGCAAUAUUGAAAUGCCGGGCGGCAAAAUCGUCUACGUGCCCAUGCAUCCCCCCGAAACAGGCGCAACCAAGACCUCGUCUGCCGCAGACUGGACGAUUGACUUUGCCGAGCUGGAGAAGGCGAUUACACCACGCACCAAGAUGAUUGUCUUGAACACACCUCACAACCCCGUCGGCAAGGUGUACUCGCGCGAUGAGCUCCAGAAAAUAGGCGACUUGUGCGUCAAGAACGAAAUCAUUAUUCUGUCCGACGAAGUUUACGAUCGCCUCUACUACGUGCCGUUUACACGAAUGGCCACUUUGUCCCCGGAGAUUGAGAAAUUGACAAUCACCGUCGGAUCCGCGGGCAAGAACUUUUACGCAACAGGCUGGCGAGUCGGUACGUUCCGUUCCACCCUCCCCUUCUCUCCCGUUUCUCCUUUCAACUCGAUUUUCUUCCGCCUCUCAUCACUCACUUUUGUUCUUCUCUCCCCUCUCACAGGCUGGCUCAUGGGCCCCGCCAACCUCAUCAAAUACGUCUCGGCAGCCCACACGCGCAUCUGCUACUCGUCCGUCUCGCCGCUCCAGGAAGCCUGCGCCGUGGGCUUCGAACAGGCAGAGUCGGAGGGCUUCUGGGACAAAACCAUUACCGACAUGAAGUCCAAGAUGGACCGCUUCAAUGAGAUCUGGGCCGAGCUCGACCUGCCCUACUCCGAGCCCGAAGGCGGCUACUUCGUGCUCGUUAAUAUGAAAAAAGUCCAGCUGCCGGCCGACUAUCCCUUCCCCGAACACGUCGCCAGCAGACCGCGGGACUUUAAGCUGGCGUGGUUUUUGAUCCAGGAGGUGGGCGUGGCGGCGAUUCCGCCAACCGAGUUUUACACCCCUGCGAAUGCGCACUUGGCGGAGGAUUAUGUGCGGUUUGCAGUUUGCAAGGACGAUGAAGUUUUGGAGGAGGCUAAGCGGAGGUUGAGGGGGUUGAAGAAGUAUAUGCAGUGA